AAAUUUAUUUAGAAUUUCUGAAAAACUCCGCAACUUUCUUGGCGCUGUGUACGCGCAGUAGAUAACGAUGAGCAUGGCCCAAUUCUCUCUUGCUCAUCCCUGCCCUCUCUAAAAUUCAUGGCUUCUAUUUCUCUUUCUAACGAAUUUCAUCGUUUUCUGUUUGUUUCUCACUCAUGUAACAUCAUGAGAUUCGAAGAGAGAGAAAUUAUGUGACGACCACAGAGAGCUUCAGAGAGAGAUUAUGUGAUCACCAGCUUAGAGAGAGAGAGAGAGAGGGGAUUAUGUGACCACCACCUUAGAUAUUCAAUUAGUUUUUGGCCCAAGGGUGAUAUUAUGUGACGCCCACUGUAGAUGUCCAUCAUCAUGUCCCUUCUGCAACUUUCUCACUCUAAGCUUUGCAAUGGUGCUUUUACUCGCUGCCAUUCUCCAUCAUUUACACCUACAGUCAAGCAGAGGAAGUUUGACGGAUUUUCUUGCUUUUGGGGAGAGAGAAUUGCGUUGGUUAAGGGGGUUUCAAGCAAGUGGGGAUUGGGUUUUAGAGAGAGAAAGAGUCAUGCUAUCUGUAAAGCCGAAAGAAGUAAGAGAGGGUUGAAUGGUGUUAUGAAUCUCAGUGAGUAUAUGGUCACCUUGGAGAAGCCAUUGGGCAUAAUGUUUGCGCAAUCAGUUGAUGGUAGGAUCUUUGUUCAUGCUCUAAAGAAAGGGGGAAAUGCAGAGAAGUCGCGAAUGAUCAUGGUAGGGGAUACUUUAAAGAAGGCAAACACAUUAUCAGGGGAUAGAAUUAUUUUGGUUGAGGAUGUCGGUGAUGCCCUGAAAUUGCUGAAGGACAGGGAAGGAACUGUCAGUUUGAUUCUAGAAAGACCAUUCCCUCCCUUUCCAAUUAAUCAAUAUCCUCUUAUGGGUGACCCUGAGUUAUUAUUCAACAGAGGGAGAGUUCCUAUUGUUACUUGGAAUAGAAACCUACUCACCUCAAAUCUUCAGCCAUCAUCCAAGGAGAAUGGAAAUGUUGGGUUUGUGUGUUAUUCACCGAAAUUCCUGAAACCUCUUGGGUGGAAACUUCUCUCGAGUUUGGAAACUGAGUCGCUUGAUACUCAAGGUGGGAAUGGUAAUGUCAAUUCAAAAAUUCAUUUGAAAACCCCAAAACAAAUUAUCAGGAUACUGUCAGAGGUAGAGUCUGGAGAAGUUGAGUGGAGUUAUGGGAACUUCCCAGUAGAUGAAUAUAUAAAAGCACUGGAUCGAUCUGAAGGAGAGCUGUAUUAUAAUCACUUUCUUGGCAUGCAGUAUAGCAAGAUCACAGAUAAUAUAUAUGUGGGAUCAUGCAUACAAACAGAAUCUGAUGUUCAAACAUUGUCGAAUGUUGUGGGAAUCAGUGCUGUAUUAAAUUUCCAAAGUGAAAGUGAACGUGCAAAUUGGGGAAUUCAGUCAGAAGCAAUUAGUGAUGCUUGUCAUAAAUGUAAUAUUCUUAUGGUCAACUGUCCAAUAAGAGAUGCUGAUUCUAUGGAUUUAAGGAAGAAACUACCAUUUUGUGUGGGACUGUUAUAUCGAUUAUUGAGAAAAAAUCUUCGAGUUUAUGUAACCUGUACAACAGGUCUUGAUAGAUCUCCAGCUUGUGUGAUUGCAUACUUUCAUUGGAUUCAAGAUGCUGCUCUCCACGAAGCGUAUAAUUUUGUCACAAGAUCGCACUCAUGUAGACCCGACAGACCUGCAAUUGUGUGGGCUACUUGGGAUUUGAUUGCCAUGGUAGAAAAAGGAACUCAUAAUGGCCCCCCUACGCAUGCAGUAAAGUUUGUAUGGAACGGUGGGUCUCGAGAGGGGGAGGAGGUAUUUUUAAUUGGAGAUUUCACAGGGAACUGGAAAGAAUCCAUCAAAGCAGAUCACAGGGGUGGAUCGAAGUAUGAAGUCGAGCUUCGACUUCCACAGGGAAAGUAUAGUUACAAAUUCAUUGUUGGUGGCCAAUGGAGACACUCUACAUCCCUACCAACUGAAACGGAUCAAACGGGAAAUGUUAACAAUGUCAUUAGAGUUGGAGAGGUUGCCAGUGUUAGACCCGCUUCCCCUAACCAACAGCAUGCAAAGGAUCCCAUGAUCGUAAAAGUGAUUGAGAGACCACUAACUGAAGAGGAACGAUUCAUGUUGGCAUGCGCAGCUCGGCUUAUUGCCUUCUCAAUUUGCCCAAUCAGAUUGGUGCCCAAGUAAAACAAGUUCUAACAAAAAGUAAAAUUCAUGAAUGCCUCGCACCCUGACAGCAAAGGCUACUCUUGGUAUAAGAUUGGCUGCUGCAUUGAGGGUUUUUUUUUUUUCCUCCACGAAAAUAUCAGUAAUGGGGGUUGAAACCCAUGAAUGGGCUGAUGCCCUGAGAUUUGUAAGUAUGAGUUUUUCAAUACUUGAAUUUGAAGCCUAAUGUAUAUUUUUCUCUUGGAAAAUAUUGUGGGGUUAAAACCCCUUGCAAAA